AUGAAAUUAACCAGAGGUGGUAACGGGCCGCAGCUGUUUCCUUACAAGAUUAUGACGGCUAUACGCAUUGGAAUCCUGCCAAUAAGCUUGUCCUGGACUGAAGUCGGUUAUUGGCGGGCAAUUUAUGAUUUUGAUUUUGCAGAGAGCAGGUACCUUAACAGUUCCACAAUGGAGGGCUUGUCGAAUGUCCAGUCCGUUGACAGACAGCCCAGUCGGUUGGCUGUGAACAUUGGUGAAGCUUGUUAG